AUGCGUGCGCACAAACUUCUGUUUUUAAUAUUUUUGGUAUUUUAUUUGAUCGCCGGAUUAGCAUUAUUAAUUACGGGUAGUGUAGCUCACUCACAUGCUAAACAAUAUGCUGAAAUAACUGGUUAUUCGUUGAUGAGUGGAGCAGGUUUUAUUAUUGCUCUUGGAGUUAUUAUUCUCAUAUUAUGUAUUUUGGGUUUCAUUGGCGCAUGGAAAAAUCAUUUAAAUUUAUUAAAGGCAUUUAUUGUUUCAUUGGGUAUUAUUUUAUUACUUCAAUUAAUCGCCGCUAUUAUUGCAUUUACCUUACGUAAUAAAGCUGAUGAACGAUUACGAGGACAAUUACUUAGUAGUAUGAUAAAUUAUAGAACUGAUGGAAAUAGUCGUGCAAGAACAGAAUGGAAUCGUGUUCAAACUACUUAUGAAUGUUGUGGUGUUGAUAGUUGGCAAGAUUGGAAAAAUCACACAGACAUCGGAAUGCCACCAAAAUCAUGUUGUAAGAAUAAUGAUUGCACUGCUCCACCUCAAUAUUAUGACCGGGGUUGUUAUGAGGCAGCCAGAAGUUUAUUCUAUCGUUACAGUAAAGCGUUAGGUGGUGUCACAAUAUUUUUCUUUUUUAUCGAAAUUAUUGGUCUUGCAUUAGCCGUUCUGUUAUUAAGAGAUCUAAAAAAUAAUUAUGGAUCAGUUUAA